AUGAAGGCGUCCACUCGCGCGCCUAGGGCUAGUGCAGCUACGGCCCUGACCAACCGACAGCUUUAUCCUUCGAGGUCGCUGCUGUACUUGACCCUGACCGGGGCAGCUCUGCUCCGCAUGAGCAUCUUCCUCUACACCGAUGGCUUCACCCUGCUACAGGAUCGCCCCGAGCUCAGCACUCCACUGAACAGCUUCAAAGCGCUGAUGGAAACGCGCUACUUGUUCAGACAUCCGCCGACGCUUACUUCGUCCUCGUCUUUCCAGCACCACAUCCAACAAGUCUCGGAUCCGUAUUCGGCUGGCACCAUCCACCACUCGCCGCUACUUCUCCCCGCCCUUAACUACGCACUGGAACAACUCCAUAUGCACGGAAAUGAGUUGCCGGUUGCAAUCAUCUGGACAGCUGCCGACGUCGUCGCAGGCUGGUUCCUCUUCCGCAUCUGCCAUGCCCGCGAGGUAGCAACACGGGCUCGACAAACGCACCUUUUCGCUUGGGACCAAAGCAGAGCGAUCAAGGUGCUCGCCAUGUUCCUCUUCAAUCCCUACACAGUCGCUACCUGCAUUUCGAGAAGCUCGAUGUCGCUCGAGAUUGUCGCCUUGCUCGCUGCUAUUCAUUAUGCCAUGUCUGGAUCGGCUGCCUUGCUGGCAGUGUGGUGGGCGGCAUCGUCGCUACUCUCGCUCUAUCCUGUUCUGCUGUUACCCAUGUUAAUCCAACUCUGCCGUCGCAGAGCGGGUGACCUCGUCUACGAACGUGAGAUCACCAGGAUCGGCAAGGACGCAUCGCCAACUGACACCAAAGCUCAACGGCAGCUCGGCUUUCUGGUUGACCGUGUCCGAUUCGCGAAGCGGUUCGCGGUGGUCAAGUGUCUCGUCCUGACGCCUGCCGCCCUUGCGGGUGGAUUGUGGAUCUCACGCGCCAUUGCUCUCAGCCCUGGCGAUCCCUCAAUAGCGGCCGUUCUCCUCAAUCUGCCCAACAUUCUUCAGGUGCGCCUCGAACACGGGUGGGCAUGGACCGGACAAGUCUAUGGCUCGGUCGUGUUCGCUACAGAUCUCACACCCAAUCUCGGUUUGUGGUGGUACUUUUUCUUGGAGAUCUUUGACCAUUUCCGUGACUUUUUCCUCCUCACCUUCAACGUCCACUUGGCAUCGUACGUGUUGCCCUUUUCGAUCAAGUACAGGCAAGAUCCGUUGUUCGGCAUGACGCUCAUGACCGGUGUCAUCGCGGUGUUCAAGAGUUAUCCGACGUUGGGCGACCAUGCGCUGUUUCUGGCGCUGUUGAGCUUGCACAGCCAGAUUUUCGAGUAUCUGCGGUAUCCAUUGGUUUCGGCGUUGACCUACGCGUACUGCACGUGUCUCUCGCCUGCUUUCCACCAUUUGUGGCUCAACGCAGGUUCCGCCAACGCCAACUUCUUCUAUGCCAUCACGUUGGUAUGGGCACUGGGCGGAGGCAUGCUGGUGCUCGAUGCCAUGUGGGCGUGGGGACGAGAAAGGUGGGAGAGGGAGAGGAAACCGAUCCGCUCGACUGCCGGAAGAAAGGGCGAGGAACACGUUGAUGGCGAUGCAUCGGUCGACACUGUUGCAUCCGAUGCAUCGUCGAAUUCACCGACAGCAGCCAGCGAAGCACCGCUGGAGAAAGGCGACCAGUUGAAGAAGCGAGUCGUUGUACAAGUAUAG